AUAUUCCUAUUAGUUUUCAUAUAUGGCAAGUAGCACCUUAUUAAUGUUGUACUUUAUUGUAUGCAAUGUUCCAAACUGGACUCUCUGUAAAAGGUGAGUUCGUAACUGCUUCACUUGUCUGUAUCUCCAAUUUCUUCUCUGGCCCCUAAAUGUGACUCCCAUUACGACUUCACGUGAAAAAGUCAUUAGAGUCACAUUUAGAGCUAUUCUUUUCUAGUACUGUAACUCACUUUUUGUCAUCACGCCUCACUUUUACAACAUUAGGGAGAAUUAAAAUAUAAUUGAUCAUCUCCUAGCGUAUAUUGACCCCCUAAUACUGAAGUGGCAUCAAGGUAAAUCAUGGAUCAUUCUCAGGGUAUUACAGUAGUUAGUCUACAAACGCACUAGCAACACAUUCAACAGACACUGAGUGGUGACCACCUGCAUUGGGCUGUUGAGGUUUUCUGGGAAAUGUCGUUUCAUGUUUAUACCGACGUAAUAGUUUAUACAGGGAUGCUUUGUGCUGUUUAUCGUGACAGCGUAUUGCUAAUUAGUCAUGCGAGCAGAUAUUUACAGCAGCAGAAGUCACAGAAACAGACAUCCCAUCUGCAGCUGCUGGCUAGCCCACCUGGGACGGAGCAGAUAUGUCAACAACAACAAAAAGAUGGAUGAUAUUUACAUUUCUAAACGCUACAGUCUGAAUGCGAGAACAGCUCACAAUUUGGUGCAAUAUCUUUGUGGACAGGGCGCACCAAAUAAUGCCGUAAUGAUGAGUUAAUGUUGUAGCUGGGAAUGUAAGACACAAUGAGUGUGUUGGGGAUCGAUAGUGAAAGCAAAUCAUGAUAUUGUCGGUGGAGGGAGCUGGGAUCAGAGGAGAGAUAGAGACCCGUCGAUCACACGGUGGAAUAGGAGGACGUCCUAAGUAAGAGGACUUCUCACUCCCCAGUGGAACCACACUCUAGAGUGAUGCUGUUCCGGGAGGUUUUGGGGCGGAGUUUGUGUCGUUCGAUGGAGCGAUUGGUGGAGGUGGAGCAGGAGUACCCUGGAGGAGUGGAAUAUAUUUUUAGCCCUGCCUGCGUGCCCCUGUGGCGAUGCGCUGGUUGCUGUGGAGACGAGAACCUGGAGUGUCACCCCACCCUCACACGUAACGUCACCAUGCAGGUGGGGGUCACUUUGUGUCAGGAGGCCACAUAUUGCCUUGGGCUACCCUCUUCCAACCUUAAAGAGAUAUAUGUUCCGGUAAAACACCCAAUGUCAGUCCACAUCUUUGAGCGCAUGGACACCUCAAUGCAUGUGUUUGUGUUUUCCUCUGUGUGUUUGUAUGUGUGUCAGUUGAUGAGGAUAACUCCGACUGAGAGGACAGGGCACUACGUGGAGCUGACGUUUGUGGAGCAUCAGACUUGUGAGUGCAGACACAGGAAGAUGCACUUGAAUGAGAGCAGUCCCAGAGUCAGGAUCCAUCCCAGGAGGAGGAAGCACAGGAAAAGAUCCAAAGACUGUGGCAAGUGUCAGCACCCACACAGUUAGUAGGAUACUUGGAUCCCCGUCCUUCCAGUCCGCUGUCCAAUCACCACUCAGCUGUGGAAUGAAGACAGCAUAGGGGGAAGCCACACACCUACUUGUUUACCCCCCAGAUACACAAAUGCCUCAACUCAUUGUCCAUGAAAAUACACUAACCCCAAACUGCAAUUUAUACCAGAGUAAUAACAACUUUAGUUUUCUGAUACUGGAUCCCCAAUAUCAGCCUUGAGAAUACUUUUACGCUUUUACGCGGAUGAUUUCCCACUGUAAUAGCAGAUACAGUAGCUCCACCUCAUGGACAUAGAGGAGAUGGACAGAGGGGUGGCAGGACAGGAGAUAAGCAAUCGCCAAGGGACAACGGGAUUAAGCCGCACCUUUACAGGCAGUGUUCUUGAAAAGCAGUAGGCCAAUAAAUGGAUAUAGCUUGAAUCGAGUAUGGAACAACAACGAAGAAGGCUGAAACAGAUGCAGAAUGGGUGUGGACUGAACUCGGGAGAGAACGGACACCUUCACAGUAUACCUCUCCCCAUGAUGAUCGCAUUGCAGUAGAGAAUGGUCUGAACUGAAGUGCAUGAUCAAAGGGAGGGAUGGACAUACUGUAGGUUAUAUCGAGACCUGUAAUGUUUAUAUCUCUUAACUUUCAUCAGACAGAGAAGAAUAACAAAUCCACAUGGUUUCCACUGUAUUAUAUAUGAAAAUGAAAUAUAUACAAAUGUAAAUAAGUUUAUAGCGAUCACUGUAUCAGAAAUGGCAUCUGGGAAUUACAUUUUGAGUUGUUCAUGUUAGAAUGACAUCUUUGUCUUGGGAGUGUGCUGUGUUCAUUUACUGAGUGUCAUGAUGUGUCUGACUGACUCUCUUGAAAAGGAGUAAAUAUAAGCUUUUCCUCAGGUGGGUCGUCCCCAUACAGGCGAAAUGCCAGGUUUCCACUCGUUACCACAAACACAAAGUCAAAAUUAGCUAUAUCGUGAAAAUUCAUGAAAACAAAAAUGUGCUUUAUGGUCAGGGUUAGUCCUACGGUUAGGGUUAGGCAUAAGGUUAGCAGUGCGGUUAGGUUUAUGGUUACAUUUCUAACAAAUUGUAGAAAUGGGCGUUUUUUUGCCUUUGUAGCUGUGGUAACUAGUGACGGCCGAAAUUUGUAUUAUAAACGUUGUUUAAAAAAAAAAAAAGGCUAAAUAAAGUCUACUAAACUUA